GCUACCAAUUUGGUGGAGAAGUCGAGAUAAGACAGCACACCAACAUGGCCAGAAUCCACGACCCGGGAUGGGAUCUGGGAACCUGGAAGCAUCCGCCUGCCAAUCGUCCUUCCAAAUAUCCUGGUCCGACCAUCACGGCGCUACCACAGUCGCUGUAUCCACACUAUUUUGGAGCUUUCCCGUCCGUCAGCCCACAAACCACUUUCACGAUAUUGCCAAGAUGGUCGAGAAGUCGAGCACUGGGCGAGGUCGGUUGGUUAGGUAGGUAAGGAUUGGGCGAAGUUUUCCAGUCACCUAACUCUAGCUUGAGCUCCAGUUUAAGAGCCAGUUGUUAUCCAUGCACUGUCUAGAGAGUGGGCGUUCUUUUGUCAACAAUCUACCCCUGGAACGUAUAGAACAAUACAUUCGUCCCCCAGAUCUGCUCUAACUGGCCAUCUGGCCAUUGGUUAUAUAUCUCUUACCCGCUGAUUACAAAUCUCUGUCCUUUGUUCCCUACCUUGGUCCGAACCCCUCAUACAUAAUUAGAGGGCUUCGGUGGUUAUGGAAGCCGGACAGCAAUCUUCAUCGGAAAAUGACCGCCCAUCUUCCAGCGGUUCUUCAGACGCAGUACAGAACACUACGCCCCCUAGCAAUGGAACGACGGCCAAGAAAGAGAAGGGGCGAGUACGUUUCAACAGCACCGCCGAUAUCGAGCCGCCAGUGAUGCUACAACAGUUGAGAGCAUCAAAAGAAUCUCAAGACGCGACUCCACUUAAGCCCAGGCCAUCAGUCUUGCGUGGAAACUCAUAUAACUCGGUACUUGAUUUUCCAAAUGCAGGUGAGGAACACGAUCCAAACUCUGAUGAAGCAAUGUCGGCCCGUGCUGCUCAGGAACGUGCUCAGUAUAUCGCUGCUAUGGUUCUCGGGUCUCACUCCACGGCAGACUCUGAAACAGCUUCGAUCAAUUCUGACAACGAAACAUUGAACGGCGAUCAGGAUAAUCGGGAAGGCAAGGAAGAUAACACACACAAUGCGGUUCAUGGCAAUCCUGAAGAUCACCCUAGGCGUCGUAGCAGUCUUCUUCACGACCUUGCUCAUAAGUUGGGAAACUUGCCGUUUGCUGGACAUGGAGACAAUCACCAGGAGAACCACGAGAAAACGUCUGGAGAACUGCGACGCUCCCACAGCAAAGAGGCCUACGACAUUGUUCAAUCUUAUAGCCAUCGGCAUAGGGAUACUUAUGACCUUGAAAAGGCGGACCACAAUACUACCGCAAGGUCCUCUCCUCAAGUCACGCCUACGGAAGAAAGAGAUGCGGAACUUUGGGUACCUCCGCCUAAACAGUUUCGUGGCAGCGCACUCUCGCAUCUGUUGAAACUUUACAGACAGAACGACGACCAGCCGCCUAGCUACCCACAUUCAGAUGUCAGUGGAACUACUACGCCAGGCUCCUCGGGAACAGCUACACCCACGCGGAAAUGGUACGACAAGAACAACGACAAAAAUAAAUCCACUGAUACUCUGGCGAAUCUUGUGGAAGCAUCUGCUCGCCUAGUUAGUGCCACUGCAGGCACUGAAUCGCCCGCCUCAGGAGCGCCCCCGAAACGCCCGAAACGACCGAAGUACAAACGAAGCCCUAGUUCCCGCCUCUUGAAGCUGGGCCGUCCGCGCGUUGAGGAUGAAAUUCGUAUCACGAUCAACAUUGCCGAAACACUGAGCCGUCAGAAGUACAUCAUCAAAAUGUGUAAAGCUCUCAUGAUCUAUGGGGCUCCGACGCACCGCCUCGAAGAAUAUCUGACGAUGACGGCGAGAGUUCUCGAAAUCGAUGGGCAGUUCCUUUACUUGCCAGGCUGCAUGAUUAUAUCCUUUGAUGACAAACAAACACAUACAACCGAGGUGAAAAUUGUGAGGUCAGCCCAAGGAAUUGACCUUGGCAAGCUCAAGGAUAUUCACGAAAUUUACAAGUCUGUGCUUCACGAUGUUUACAGUGUUGAUGAGGCGACAGGGAGGAUCUCCUCCAUCAUGGCCGCGAAGGAUAAGUUCCACCCGUGGCUUCGUGUGCUCGUAUUCGGCCUGGCUAGUGCGGCUGUGGCGCCUUUUGCAUUUGGGGGAAGAUGGAUCGAUUUGCCUCUUUGCUUUCUCCUCGGGUCAAUGGUAGGAGCCUUGCAGAUCAUUGUGGCUCCAAGGUCUGCCCUCUACAACAACCUAUUCGAGAUAAGCGCCGCCAUCUUGACGAGUUUUCUUGCUAGGGCAUUUGGAAGUAUCAGGGGUGGAGAGUUGUUCUGCUUUUCUGCUAUGGCACAAAGUUCGAUAGCGCUGAUUCUUCCAGGUUGGUUUGUUUUAAGCUCGGCCCUUGAGCUACAAUCGCGGGCCCUGGUGCCAGGCUCAAUCCGCCUAGUCUAUGCUAUUAUCUAUUCAUUGUUCCUCGGUUUCGGUAUCACGGUCGGCACCGUUCUAUAUGGGCUCUUUGAUUCGAACGCCACAUCUGCGACCACUUGCACCAACACAAUGAACCCGCACCUCGCAUUUAUAUUCGUACCCCUGUUUACCAUCUGUUUGGCGGUAGUCAACCAAGCCAAAUGGAAGCAACUUCCAGUGAUGGUCCUCAUCUCUUUUGCCGGCUAUUUAGUGAACUUUUUCAGUUCCCCGAAAUUUCAGGCUGCUCCCCAAAUUGCCAACACUCUUGGAGCUUUCACGGUCGGUGUAUGUGCCAACCUAUACUCAAGACUGAGACAUGGAGUUGCGGUCACCGCGCUCCUACCAGCAAUAUUUGUACAAGUGCCUAGUGGUCUUGCAGCGACCGGAAGUCUACUGAGCGGGUUGAAUGCUGCCAAUCAAAUUAACAAUCACAACCAGCCCAUAAACGGAACAUCAACUGUCCCCAUUGAUGAUGCCGCUAGUAACGUAAGCUAUGUUGUCUUCAACGUGGCCGGAUCGAUGAUCCAGAUCGCCAUCGGCAUCACGCUUGGCCUUUUCCUAAGUGCUCUCAUUAUUUACCCUCUUGGAAAACGCCGCAGUGGGCUUUGGACGCUUUAAAUCUUGGAUUCUGUCUUACUUCUUGUUUAUUCGUUUAUGUUGUGAAUUAAGACACUGCAAUGCGACGGCGUUUGGUCACCUGCUGGUUUCGGUAAUGAAAGCGUAUCGACUAGGAGCAUUGCAAUAUAGUUUUCAUUGAUAGUCACAAACAAAGUGAUAGGAAACCGAGGAUAGACGGGCUCGGUUAGUAAGGAUACAGGAAGAUACCCCUAGCAGCGGGCGCAGAAUAUUAAAAUAGGCGCCGCUGCGUCAUCAACUUGAGGACCACUUCGGAGGUCUGACACACUGCUUUCUUACUGAGAAUAUUAAUAUAUAUCAUGAGGCCUUGAGCCUUCUUAGAUUCUGCAGUUCAUGUUUGCCAGACUACUGUACAUGAUUAAUCGAGAAAUUGGUCUAACUGGUGCUUGUUCUGAAAUAUC